GAAGAGAAAGAGAUGCUUGCGAAACAAACGCCAUUAACAAAACAAAUGCUCUCCGAGCUUCUACGAGCAAGUUCUUCAAAACCCAGGCAGCUUAAGAAGAUCCAUGCGAUUGUACUAAGGACAGGUUUCUCUGAAAAGAACAGCCUCUUAACCCAGCUGUUAGAGAAUCUUGUGCUUAUCGGUGACAUGUGUUACGCACGCCACCUGUUCGACGAAAUGCACAAGCCGAGGAUCUUCCUUUGGAACACUCUUUUUAAAGGGUACGUUAAGAACCAGAUCCCUUCUGAAAGUUUCUUACUUUAUAAGAAAAUGCGUGAUCUUGGUGUCCGUCCUGAUGAGUUCACUUACCCGUUUGGGGUGAAGGCGAUCUCCCAGCUGGGGUUUUUGCCCUGUGGAUCUUCCCUUCAUGCCCAUGUUGUCAAAAAUGGUUUUGAGUGUCUUGGGAUCGUUGCAACUGAGUUGGUGAUGAUGUACAUGAAGUUUGGUGAGUUGAGCUCAGCGGGGUUCUUGUUUGAGUCAAUGCAAGUCAAAGAUUUAGUGGCUUGGAAUGCGUUUAUUGCUGUUUGUGUUCAGACGGGAAACUCUGCUAUAGCUCUUGAGUAUUACCUCAAGAUGUGUGCGGAUGGAGUUCAGUUUGAUUCUUUUACAGUUGUGAGUAUGCUCUCUGCUUGUGGUCAGCUAGGCUCUUUAGAGGUCGGAGAAGAAAUUUAUGAUCGCGCGAGAAGAGAAGAGAUUGAUUGUAACAUAAUAGUCGAAAAUGCUAGGCUUGAUAUGCACUUGAAGUGUGGUAACACCGAAGCUGCGAGGGUAUUGUUCGACGAAAUGAAACAUAGGAAUGUGGUUUCAUGGAGCACGAUGAUCGUAGGAUAUGCAAUGAAUGGAGAUAGUGGAGAAGCCUUGGCAUUGUUCACUAUGAUGCAAAGUGAGGGACUCAGACCUAACUAUGUGACUUUUCUCGGAGUCCUCUCUGCUUGUAGCCAUGCUGGACUAGUGAACGAAGGGAAAAGGUAUUUCAGUCUCAUGGUUCGAUCGAAUGAUAAGAAUCUUGAGCCGAGAAAAGAGCAUUAUGCAUGUAUGGUUGAUCUCUUGGGACGCUCUGGUCUUCUAGAGGAGGCUUAUGAAUUUAUCAAAAAGAUGCCAGUGGAACCAGAUACGGGUAUCUGGGGAGCUUUGUUGGGUGCUUGUGCGGUUCAUCGUGAUAUGAUAUUGGGGCAGAAAGUGGCAGACGUACUUGUAGAAACAGCUCCUGAUAUUGGUUCAUACCACGUACUACUGUCUAAUAUCUAUGCAGCUGCUGGUAAAUGGGAUUGUGUUGACAAAGUAAGGAGUAAAAUGAGGAAGCUGGGCACUAAAAAGGUUGCAGCUUACAGUUCUGUUGAGUUUGACGGAAAAGUCCAUUUUUUCAAUAGAGGAGACAAAUCACAUCCGCAAUCAAAGGCAAUACAUGAGAAAUUGGAUGAAAUCUUGAAGAGGAUAAGGAACAUGGGGUAUGUUCCUGAGACGGGUUCGGUGUUUCAUGAUGUGGAAAUGGAGGAAAAAGAAUCUUCUCUCAGUCAUCACAGUGAGAAACUCGCUAUUGCGUUUGGACUCAUUAAUGGGAGAGCGGGACAUCCUAUACGGGUUAUGAAGAACUUGAGAACCUGUGAUGAUUGCCAUGUUUUCUCCAAGUUUGUUUCCAGGCUUACUUCGACAGAGAUCAUUAUGAGAGACAAGAACAGGUUUCACCACUUCAGGAAUGGUGUUUGCUCUUGCAGAGAGUUCUGGUGACUUCUUAUUGAUGUUCUGAUUAUUAAGAGGGAUCUGAUGAGAAAAUAUGCAUUCACAGAUUUGGAAUAUAACUGAUGCUGUGGAAUAGAUUCAGAAGAUGAGUUGAUGAUGCAAAGCCAAGUUAUUGAUCCAUUAAACUUUGUAGAUGGCAACAAAUCUUGAAGCUUAUUGUUUCAUUUGCUGCAUCAGUCAGAGAAGCCUGAAACAGAGAGACGCUAUUGAAUAAGGUAGCUAAGUCAAUCUGUACAUAAUAAUUACUCAUCAUUAAUGCUUGUUUGAGUCUUUAAUUUCUCAUUAAUUAUGUAGAUCUUUCCCUGCCUAACGUUUUUUUGCCAAUUAAUGGGUUUUGUAUCUUUCUUAG